AUGAGGAUAUGGGACGAUUUACGUGACAUGAUGGAGAACCCAGGUCUGGUAAGACCUUUGAAGAACACACAACUGGCUGCGCAUGCGCCACCAAUGUGGGUGCUUAUUUCACUUAUCCGAGUCGGACAAGCUCAAGCAGUGUUUAAACCAGUUCUGUCUGUGGAGCCGAAUUCACCUCAAAUAUUCAGAGGAGAGACGGUUACACUCACAUGUAGGAUUUCAGGAGGAAAUGGACCGUACUACUGGAACAAAGAUGAUCAUUAUAGUCACAGUUCUGCUGAAAAUUACUACACUAUAAAUGUAGAUCAGAGUCACAAAUACAGAUGUUACGGGUCUGUUGAUGGACGGACAACAACAUGGAGUAAUGAAGUGACUCUCUCAGUGAUAGAGAGACCAAAAGCCGUUCUGACUAUGCAGCCUGAUGGACAGAUAUUCAGUGGACAGGAAGUCACUUUCACAUGUGAAAUACGAGGACAUGCAGACACUGAGUGGAUAUACAACUGGUAUAAAGAUGGUGUCCAAAUACUCUUCUACACUGAGAACAGUAAAUAUUCAUUCACUGCUGUAGAAUCUCUCAGCGCUAAAUACACCUGCAGUGGACGGAGAAGAAAUGACUCUCAGACCUCAGAGACCAGCAACGCUGUUACACUCACUGUGUCAGAUAGAAAAGCUCCACUGUCGGUACUGAAGCUCCUCAGCAGUGCAGUAGCGGCCUCUCCGUAUGUGCUGGUGACCAUCAUUCUGGCAGUGAAAUGUUACAGAGCUCGAAGUAAAACUCAGUGUUCUUCAUUAGCCAUAAAAUUAAACCCUGACAUUUAA